UAUACCUUUUUGGAUGUAGUCUGUAAACCUUAAAGAAGAAGAAGAAACUCAUGGACGACAGUCUCAAGUUAAAUGUUUCUUCAAAAUGGCGAAACCACAGUUGUUGACUGUGUUUAUAGCCAAGCGAUUAAUAUCGGCAGCCGUUAACAUAUUUGGGAUAGAGGAAAGGUGGAUAGCCCAGUACCAGGAGCCACUAGCAGCAGUGACUGUUGAGAUAAUGGCGGCGGUGGAAACGACGAUUGAACAAGAACUCUCUCGUUCAAAGGAGGAGAUUGAACGUCUACGGAGGCUUCUUCUGGAGUUGGGAGCAGACCCCCAGCAGCUAACUGUCCCUGAAGAGGAGGUUCCCCCUGAGGAGCAGCACUGUGAGCAGGAGUGGAGCCCCAGUCUGGGGGAGCAGGACCCAGAGCCCACACAGAUUAAAGAGGAACAGGAGGAACUCAGGACGAGUCAGGAGGAAGAGCAGCUUCACAGACUUGAGUCUGAUUCCACAGAUGUUGUAGAGUUCAUAUUUCUUGCUCCUCGCUGUGUGGAAAAGUACUCUGAUCAGGACAGAGAGAGGUACACUCUACCCAUCAACACAACUGAACAGAUCCAAACAGAACCUAAUGGAGAGGACUACAGAGUAUCAGAACCAACCAGUGACUCUCUGUUCCUCUCUGCAGUAAAUCCAGACUGUUCUGCAGCUCACAGUGAAAUCAUUGUAAGUGUGGAUGAGGAUGAGAGCGAGGAACCUGUGUUAAAGACCCUCAAAUCAAGGAGGACACAGGCAGAGAAACGACAACGCUCUCAAGUCUUCACUGAGGCCAAGACAACCAGUGAGCUGAAAGAACCACUGAAGUCUGACACAAAUAAGAAGCCAUUCAAAUGUCCUGUGUGCAGUAAACGCUAUAAGACACUAGGCGGGUUAAAAACACAUCAGAGAAUUCACUCAACUAAAAAUAAUCAUCACUGCAAGAAAUGUGGCAAAUCAUUUAGCUUGUUGCAGCAAUGGAAGAACCAUAUGCAGACUCACACAGAGGAAUCGCCUACAUGUCAUGUGUGCAGUAAAAGUUUUAAACUACCAAACCAUCUGAAAACUCAUAUGAGGUGCCACACCGUGGCACCUUAUAUGGAUUCAGGAGAUAAUCCAUAUAAGUGUCCUCUUUGUGUCAGUUCCCUUAUGUCAUCAAAUGAACUAAAACAUAUUUACUUGGGAGAGAAACCAGAGAAUCCAUCGUGCCUCUGCAGCGAUUGUGGCAAAUGCUUCCCAACUAUGAAAACCCUGAGAGACCAUAUGAGGACCACACAUGAAGAAAGAAGGCAUCAGUGCUCUGUUUGUGGAGAUGUUUUUAUGUCAUUGGGUUCUCUUAAAGUUCACCAGAGAGUUCACACUGGAGAGAAACCCCACCAGUGUUCUGUUUGUGGGAAAUAUUUUGCAUUGUAGGGAUGGGAAGUUUGGCUCUUUUUACAGACUCUGAUCUUUUGACUCGUUUAAAUCAAAAUAACUAAUCUUUUGCCAAAUUUCUUUCGAGUCAGUAAUGCCCAGAGCAUGCAGGACCCACUCCCGGUGAAUGAUGAAAUUAUUCUACAAGUCUCUCGUUCACUAUAAGGGGCUUAUUGGAGCUGUCAUUUGUAAAAGUGUCUUUAAGCAAUGUAUAUUUGUGAUUGCCAUAAAUACAAAAAUCUAGGUACGGCCUGACUAGGAAGGAGGACUAGGUACGGCCUGACUAGGAAGGAGGACUAGGUACGGCCUGACCAGGAAGGAGGACUAGGUACGGCCUGACUAGGAAGGAGGACUAGGUACGGCCUGACUAGGAAGGAGGACUAGGUACGGCCUGACUAGGAAGGAGGACUAGGUACGGCCUGACUAGGAAGGAGGACUAGGUACGGCCUGACUAGGAAGGAGGACUAGGUACGGCCUGACUAGGAAGGAGGACUAGGUACGGCCUGACCAGAAAGGAGGACUAGGUACGGCCUGACUAGGAAGGAGGACUAGGUACGGCCUGACUAGGUACGGCCUGACUAGGAAGGAGGACUAGGUACGGCCUGACUAGGAAGGAGGACUAGGUACGGCCUGACUAGGAAGGAGGACUAGGUACGGCCUGACUAGGAAGGAGGACUAGGUACGGCCUGACUAGGAAGGAGGACUAGGUACGGCCUGACUAGGAAGGAGGACUAGGUACGGCCUGACUAGGAAGGAGGACUAGGUACGGCCUGACUAGGAAGGAGGACUAGGUACGGCCUGACUAGGAAGGAGGACUAGGUACGGCCUGACCAGAUUGCCAAGGCAUUCCGUCAAGAGUCAUUACAGGGGCUUGACUGCUGUGAGGGUAAUAUGCACAAUAUAAUUCACACACUGCAGCACCCCCAAACGAUUUGUGUUCCAGUUUGUUGAGCAGAGGCAGUGUAUCAUCAUAACAUUCAAUUAUUAAUGAAUUAGGGGCGGCAGGUAGCCUAGUGGUCAGAGGGGCGGCAGGUAGCCUAGUGGUCAGAGGGGCGGCAGGUAGCCUAGUGGUCAGAGGGGCGGCAGGUAGCCUAGUGGUCAGAGGGGCGGCAGGUAGCCUAGUGGUCAGAGGGGCGGCAGGUAGCCUAGUGGUUAGAGCGUUGGACUAGUAACUGAAAGAUUGCAAGGUCGAAUCCCCGAGCUGACAAGGUAAUAAUCUGUCAUUCUGCCCCUGAACAAGGCAGUUAACCCACUGUUCCUAGGCCGUCAUUGAAAAUUAGAAUUUGUUCUUAAAUGACUUGCCUAAUUAAAUAAAGGUAAAUGAUAAUUGUAUUAAUUCUUGCACCAUGCGUUCAGUUAUCAGAUCUAAACAGGUCUUUUUGUUCACUGCGCUCUCUGCAGGCUUAUCUUUCCCUGCCUGGCUAUAUGACAGACAGCUGUUGGUCAGAGCACGUCUCUGGAGCCGCUGAGCCGGAGGAGGAGGAGCGUGUGUCAAUCCUAUAGUAGGACUCAAUGCGGCCAGCAGGUCAAACGAACAACUAAAAUGAACGAGUCACUCAGAAAAAUGAGUCCGUAAAAAGAGUCGUUCACAAAAAAAAAAGAAUCGUUCGCAACCUGACAACGCAAUAGUGAUGUGCAGUUUAUCAGAAACCACCAGGGAGUUCACUCUGGAGAGAAACGUUGUCAGGUUAUCUGAAACCACCAGGGAGUUCACUCUGGAGAGAAACGUUGUCAGGUUAUCUGAAACCACCAGGGAGUUCACUCUGGAGAGAAACGUUGUCAGGUUAUCAGAAACCACCAGGGAGUUCACUCUGGAGAGAAACGUUGUCAGGUUAUCUGAAACCACCAGGGAGUUCACUCUGGAGAGAAACGUUGUCAGGUUAUCUGAAACCACCAGGGAGUUCACUCUGGAGAGAAACGUUGUCAGGUUAUCAGAAACCACCAGGGAGUUCACUCUGGAGAGAAACGUUGUCAGGUUAUCUGAAACCACCAGGGAGUUCACUCUGGAGAGAAACGUUGUCAGGUUAUCUGAAACCACCAGGGAGUUCACUCUGGAGAGAAACGUUGUCAGGUUAUCUGAAACCACCAGGGAGUUCACUCUGGAGAGAAACGUUGUCAGGUUAUCUGAAACCACCAGGGAGUUCACUCUGGAGAGAAACGUUGUCAGGUUAUCUGAAACCACCAGGGAGUUCACUCUGGAGAGAAACGUUGUCAGGUUAUCAGAAACCACCAGGGAGUUCACUCUGGAGAGAAACGUUGUCAGGUUAUCAGAAACCACCAGGGAGUUCACUCUGGAGAGAAACGUUGUCAGGUUAUCAGAAACCACCAGGGAGUUCACUCUGGAGAGAAACGUUGUCAGGUUAUCAGAAACCACCAGGGAGUUCACUCUGGAGAGAAACGUUGUCAGGUUAUCAGAAACCACCAGGGAGUUCACUCUGGAGAGAAACGUUGUCAGGUUAUCUGAAACCACCAGGGAGUUCACUCUGGAGAGAAACGUUGUCAGGUUAUCAGAAACCACCAGGGAGUUCACUCUGGAGAGAAACGUUGUCAGGUUAUCAGAAACCACCAGGGAGUUCACUCUGGAGAGAAACGUUGUCAGGUUAUCAGAAACCACCAGGGAGUUCACUCUGGAGAGAAACCGUUCUGCUGCCACUGCUUUAAAAAUUGACUGAACUUGUAGAACAUGGUAGAAAGUCAGUUGUUUUCAAAGAGAGCAGUCAGUCAGUGUCCUGGCACCAGGAGUCCCUAUUCAUCUAUGAUAGAAGACAGUGUCCUGAGUGGUAUUAUAUCUCAACCCUGUUCAUCUAUGAUAGAAGACAGUGUCCUGAGUGGUAUUAUAUCUCAACCCUGUUCAUCUAUGAUAGAAGACAGUGUCCUGAGUGGUAUUAUAUCUCAACCCUGUUCAUCUAUGAUAGAAGACAGUGUCCUGAGUGGUAUUAUAUCUCAACCCUGUUCAUCUAUGAUAGAAGACAGUGUCCUGAGUGGUAUUAUAUCUCAAAAGGACACUUGUUUUUGUUGUGUGAAGUUUCAUUGUUCACUAACCAUGUCUGAUUUUAACAUUGUUAUUGAACGACUAUUAAUCUGUCUUUUCUGUUUGAUCAAACCCAUGAAUAAACUGACAAAGGCACAUUGUCCACAAGCAGACUGCA